GCACUAUGACGCACAUUGUCAACUUACUUUAGCUCCAAAAAAUUGGGAAUUCACAGGCAGGGAUAAGAACAAUAAAGCUCCUAGAUGAUGGCAGAACACGGAGUGCCCUGUGAUGGGUGGGAGGCCACCUAUUGCAUGAACGGGGGUGCAUGCUACAAAAUUGCCUCAAUGGACACGCUCUCCUGUGUAUGCAAUGACAACUACAAAGGGAGCAGAUGUGAGCAGUUCCAACUCCUCAUUGGAUCCUCCAAAGCAGAGCAGGCGGGUUUAAUCGGCGCCCUAGUAAUUGUUGCCCUACUCAUCUUCGUGGUCUUGGCUGUUAUAGUCUACUUUACACAUAAGAUGAUGAAAGCCAGGAAACAGCGGCAACAGAGUCAGCCAGAGUACUGGAAAGUCAAACCAAGAGUAUGACGAUGAUGAUGAUGAAGUUGAGUCGGCGUUGAUUUACUCAAGUGAGGUAUUUCUGAGUGAUGGACAUUGGGAGGAGGAAAUGGAGAAAACCACAUGGCGAACACAAGAGCAUCUAUUUCAGUUUUCUAUGGAUACAGGCCCGAUGUGGAAAUACAGCUGGGUCUGUUAAAGUGGAACAGAAUAGUUAAACAGAAUAACAGAUUAUGUUCCAGGAUGCUGGUGAACCACUGAUUUGUUUGCAUUCCACUUCAGGGUCAGACUGUCGCCAUAACUCAGUCAGGCCAUAUUUAUAGUAACAUAUAGUAACUGUUGACUGUUAACUGUGGUUCAAACAAUAAACUUAACUUUAACUUUGGUAACGAGUGAUGGCUGGCGAGUCUCUUAACAUAAAAACUAUAUGCAUUCCGUUGUUCUUCAGCCAUAUUUUACAGGGCAGCCAGUACAGAGUUCACAGUGUACCACUGUGCCAUGUCACAGGAAGUUGCAGUUUUACUCUCUGGACGUCAUUGUAAAAUUGUGUUGUGUGACUUUAGACUUUACACGGUCCAUUGUACUACUUAUUAGAUGACAUUUCAAUCUAUGAGCUUUGUCAAUAAUAUCAUUACAAAGCAUAGCUGUGCAUGUAAAAUACCUGUGCAUUUGAACACUGUAACACUGAAUUAUAAUAUGAUCCUUUUUGUCAACUGAUGGGUAAAUGUUACAUUUGAUUUUGUAAAUACAAGCAAUGAAAUCUACUAAAUUAUUUUAUAU